ACUAUGCAAGUUGAAGUCCGAGACACCUGUGCCUCGGGCCUCCUACUAGUUUGAUCAAACUGUACAAAGAGAAAACACCGCUGCCUAUUUCUUCCUUCCCGCACACCUUAUACCCUCUCGGAAUCACACUCUUGACACUCUCUGCUUACCACCCACGCUAGGCUACUGCACCUUUCUUUCCAGGGUUUUUGUUUUUCUCCUGAACCUUCAUGUAAUUAUGAGAAAGUCAUCUUUUCACCGCACCACUACCCGGCGCAACCCAUCUCCACCCCGCCACCACCGUCCUCCCUUCACCACCACCAACAACAACAACAAUUUUCCCACAACAAGAAACGCCCCUAGGACUUCCCCUAACUUCAUAAUUCACCUUUACCUGGACCCCACGCUCGCACCUUCCACCAAAAGACCAGACCCCAACACUGUAAACUCUGUAAUCUCCCAAUGCAACGCAACACCACCACCUGACCGUAUCAUAUUACCGACAACCACUACAUCCAAGACAAAACUAACUGCUUCCUUGCAUUUUCAGGAAUGGUCCCACACGCUGAAUUUUAUGACAACCUUAUGGGAACUCCGUCUUCGGGGAGCCCACAGUUUCACUCCAAAGCUGCAAUCAUCCAUCCUCUUACCUUCUGAUACCGAGGAGUUGAAAAGGAAUUUAACGAAUAAGUUUAGUGAUUAUCUUAAAGGACUCAUUAAGGGUGUGGGUAGUAAUGUUAAUGAUGAUGAAAAUGUGGUUGGGAGAUGGCUGGCGAAAGUGAGUGAAAAAAGCGAUGAGAUUGCGCAGUUGAUGAAGUUGCUUAAGGGGAGGAAUAGAAUGAUGGGUUUUAGUGAGUUGAAUGAGAGGAAAAAAGGGUUGAUGGCGGAAAGGGACUUGAUCGUGAAGAGAUUGGAGGAAUUUAGGGCUUCCAUGAAGUGUAUUUUGAAGUAUAUUGAAGGAGGAAGGGAGGAGGAAGGGGAAAGGGGUUUAGAAGUGUUUGUGUUUGAUGGGGAGAUUGAUUGGGAAAGGAUUCAUAGAUUGGUUUUGAGGGAAAUUAGGAGGUUGGUUGAUGGGUUGCCUAUUUAUGCUUAUAGGCAGCAGAUUUUGGAGAAGAUUCACAGCGAGCAGGUAAUGGUUUUGGUUGGGGAGACUGGUUCGGGGAAGAGUACACAGUUGGUUCAAUUCCUAACUGAUUCAGGAAUACCUGGCAAGGAGUCCAUUGUAUGUACUCAGCCACGCAAGAUUGCAGCCAUCUCACUAGCUGAUAGAGUCAAUGAAGAAAGUAGGGGGUGCUAUGAAAAUAGUUCAGUCGUGAGUUAUCCAACAUUUUCAUCCGCACAGCAGUUUGGUUCCAAAGUCAUAUUCAUGACUGACCACUGUUUACUGCAGCACUACAUGAAUGAUACCACUUUGUCUGGGAUAUCAUGCAUCAUUGUUGAUGAGGCUCAUGAAAGAAGCUUGAACACUGAUCUUCUUUUGGCAUUGAUUAGAGGCUUACUUUGUGAGAGACCUGAUUUAAGGCUAGUGAUAAUGUCAGCAACAGCUGAUGCAAAGCAGCUGUCAGAUUAUUUUUAUGGUUGUGAAAUCUUUCAUGUUGAGGGAAGAAACUUUCCAGUAGAAGUCAGAUACAUUCCUUCCUCUGAGGAAACUGCUUCUGGUAAUGUUUCUCCAUAUGUAUAUGACACUUUGAGGAUAACGACUGAGAUUCAUAAACAGGAGAGUGAAGGCACCAUUCUUGCCUUUUUGACUUCUCAGAUGGAAGUAGAAUGGGCUUGUGAGAAAUUUGAUGCUGCCUCUGCUGUUGCAUUAGCCUUGCAUGGAAAGCUUCCUUUCGAAGAGCAAUCUCGUGUUUUCCAAGAUUUUGAUGGGAAAAGAAAAGUUAUAUUUGCCACUAAUCUCGCAGAGACAUCACUUACAAUUCCUGGGGUCAAGUAUGUGGUUGACUCUGGCCUGGCCAAAGAGAGUAAGUUUGAAGCAGCUACGGGCAUGAAUGUGCUUAGAGUGUGCAGGAUCAGCCAGAGUUCUGCUAAACAGAGAGCUGGUCGUGCUGGGAGAACGGUACCUGGAAUAUGCUAUAGACUCUACACAGAAUCUGACUUUGAGUCAAUGUCUCCCAAUCAAGAACCCGAGAUUCGCAGAGUUCAUCUUGGUGUUGCUGUUCUGAGGAUGCUUGCUUUGGGAAUUAAGAAUGUACAGGAGUUUGAUUUUGUUGAUGCACCUAGCGCCAAAGCAAUUGAUAUGGCCAUUAGGAAUCUUGUUCAGUUAGGUGCCAUUACACUGAAAGGUGGCAUCUGUGAACUAACUGAGGAAGGUCGCUACAUGGUUAAAAUGGGCAUUGAGCCUCGGCUCGGUAAGAUCAUUAUCAGCAGCUUUCAUUAUCGCUUAGGUAAGGAGGGCCUUGUUCUUGCUGCUGUGAUGGCAAAUGCCAGUAGCAUAUUUUGCAGAGUUGGUAGUCAGGAUGAUAAGCAAAAGGCUGAUUGUCUUAAGGUGCAGUUUUGCCAUCGCAGUGGUGACCUCUUUACUGUGCUCUCUGUGUACAAAGAGUGGGAGGCUUUGCCUCAAGACAGGAGAAAUAAAUGGUGUUGGGAAAACAGCAUCAAUGCCAAAUCCAUGAGGAGAUGCCAAGACACGGUCAAGGAAUUGGAAUUUUGCCUUGAAAAGGAACUCACUGUUAUUAUUCCGUCAUAUUGGAAUUGGAAUCCUAAUAAGUCUACCGUUCAUGAUAAAUAUUUGAAAAAGAUAAUACUCUCAGCCCUUGCAGAAAAUGUAGCCAUGCACUCUGGACACGAUCGACUUGGUUAUGAAGUGGCAUUGACCAGGCAGCACAUUCAGCUGCAUCCUUCAUGUUCGCUGCUAGUAUUUGGUGAAAAACCAAAUUGGGUUGUCUUUGGUGAACUCCUCUCAAUAUCUAAUGAUUAUUUGGUUUGUGUAACUGCUUUUGACUUUGAAUCAUUGUCUACACUUUGCCCCCCUCCCUUGUUUGAUGCCCUUAAGAUGGAAAGCCGGAAGUUGCAAGUGAAGGUGUUGACCAGUUUUGGCAGUUCCCUGCUCAAAAGGUUUUGUGGUAAAUCUAACAGCAAUCUGCAGUCUCUUGUAAGUUGCGUUCGGAUUGCCUGUAUGGAUGAAAGGAUUGGUGUUGAGGUACAUGUUGAUCAGAAUGAAAUUCUGUUAUUUGCAACAGCAGAGGACAUGCAGAAGGUGUCCAGCCUUGUAAGUGAAGCUUUGGAGUGUGAGCGAAAAUGGUUGCAUAAUGAAUGCAUGGAGAAAUUUUUGUAUCUUGGAGCUGAUUUGUCACCCAUGGCACUUUUUGGAGCAGGAGCUGAGAUUAAGUAUUUGGAACUAGAAAAGAGAUGUUUGACUGUCAAUGUAUUUUUUUCUAAUGCAAAUACAAUUGAUGAUAAAGAGGUUUUGAUGUUUCUUGAGGAAUAUACAUCUGGUACUGUUUGUUCUGUUCACAAGUCUGUCGGAAGUGGACAGGAGGGUGAUGAGAAGGAAAAGUGGGGCCAAAUAACAUUUCUCUCUCCUGAUUCUGCCAGAAAAGCUGCCCAGCUGAAUGAAGUUGAAUUCAAAGGCUCCAAGCUGAAGGUAGUUCCAUCACAAACAAUCAUUGGAGGCAAUCACAAAAUGUUUUCAUUUCCUGCUGUUAAAGCAAAAAUUGUUUGGCCUCGUAAAGUCAGUAAGGGGCUUGCCAUUGUCAAAUGUUAUGUUCAUGAUGUUGAUUUCAUGAUUUGUGAUUUCUCUAACCUGGAAAUUGGAGGAAGGUAUGUUCGGUGUUCAGCUGGUAGGUGUGAGGACUCGAUUGUUGUCAGUGGAUUUAGUAAAGAACUUUCUGAAGCUGAUAUUUUACGUGCAUUGAGGAGUGCCACAAACAGGAGAAUCCUAGAUUUCUUCAUAGUAAGGGGAGAUGCUGUUGAAAAUCCUCCAUUGGGUGCUUGUGAAAAAGCACUUUUAAGAGAGAUAUCCCCAUUUAUGCCUAAAAGGAAUCCCCAAACUAGCUGCUGCAGAGUCCAAGUCUUUCCACCUGAAUUAAAGGAUGCUUUUAUGAAGGCUUUCAUUACCUUUGAUGGAAGAUUGCACUUGGAAGCAGCAAGAGCUUUAGAGCAUAUGGAAGGGAAAGUAUUACCUGGGUGCCAUUCAUGGCAGAAAAUUAAGUGCGAGCAGAUGUUUCAUAGCUUGAUAUCCUGCUCAGCUAGUAUCUAUGUUGCAAUCAAGAAGCAACUGGAUUCUUUGCUUGCAAGCUUCAGUCGUGUAAAGGGUGCAGAAUGCAGUCUAGACAGGAAUGAAAAUGGUUCCUAUCGAGUGAAAAUAUCUGCUAAUGCUACAAAAACUGUUGCAGAGCUAAGAAGACCUCUGGAAGAGCUUAUGAGAGGACAGACCAUAAACCAUCCAAGCCUCACUCCAACUAUUCUACAGCAUCUGUUCUCUGGUCAAGGUAUCAAUCUGAUGAAGUCAAUACAGAGAGAGACUGGUACCUACAUUCACUUUGACAGGCGCAACUUCAAUCUUAAGAUUUUUGGUCGUUCAGACAAGAUUGCUUCAGCGCAGCAGAAAUUUAUUCAAUUACUUCUGGCCAAUCAUGAAAGCAAGCAACUCGAGAUCCACCUCAGAGGUGGAGAUCUGCCCCCAGACUUGAUGAAGGAAGUAGUUAAGAGGUUUGGGCCAGAUCUUCAUGGUCUCAAAGAGAAGGUACCUGGGGCAGAUCUUACACUUAGCACCCGUCACCAUGUUAUCUCUGUUCAUGGUGACAAAGAACUAAAGCAAAACGUGGAACAAAUAAUUUUUGAGAUGGCGCAAAUGGGUUAUGAUUCAGCUGAGAGGCUUGAUGGUGGAGAUGCCUGCCCCGUUUGUUUGUGUGAAGUUGAGGAUGCUUACCGGCUUGAAAGCUGCGGACAUUUGUUUUGUCGAAUGUGCUUGGUGGAGCAACUUGAAUCAGCAUUGAAAAACUUGGAUAGUUUCCCAAUAUGCUGCGCCCAUGGGAGCUGCAGGGCUCCCAUAUUGCUGACAGACUUGAGGUCUCUCUUGUCGAGUGACAAGUUAGAGGAACUCUUUAGGGCUUCUUUGGGGUCAUUUGUAGCAUCAAGUGGCGGAACCUACCGGUUUUGCCCAUCUCCUGACUGCCCUUCAGUUUAUAGAGUUGCUGAUCCUGUCACAGGUGGUGACCCAUUUGUCUGCGGGGCUUGUUUUGCGGAGACUUGUACCUGGUGCCACUUGGAUUAUCAUCCAUACGUCUCGUGUAAGAAAUACAUGGAGUUCAAGGAAGAUCCUGAUUUAUCACUAAAGGACUGGUGCAAAGGAAAAGAGAAUGUGAAAAGCUGUCCUGUCUGUGGAUAUACAAUCGAGAAAGGGGAAGGUUGCAACCAUGUCGAGUGCAGGUGCGGCGGGCAUGUCUGCUGGGUCUGUCUAGAGUCUUAUAAUAACAGCGAGGACUGCUAUAACCAUUUGAGGUCAAUGCACGGGGGCAUAGCUUGAUUUUUAACUACUUUCUUCUCCGGUUGUCUUUGUAAAUAUACUCAAAUGUAUAUAUAGGAAAUAGGAUUGCAUAUACUCUACUGUAUUUAUAGGAUGUACGAUUAUAAAUAUAAACAAGUAGGAUCAUUCAGGAUAA